ACGGCUGCGGGAUGCGCUGUUCCCUCUGACGCGAAUUACUGCGAGGAAACCCUUGUGUGGCGCUGUGGAAAAAGUUUUUGUAUUUAUCUGUGUCAGUGUGUUUAUCUGUGUUUUUUCUAAUUGUAUGAGUUGCUCGAUGGAAUGGAGUGAAAAAAAAAACGAAAACAUGAAACAAAUUGGAAAUAAGAAGUAGAAGAUGGAAAUCAGAUAAGCUCAGAAGAUAUCAGUAUUAGCAUAUGAUUCUCUUCUGAAGGCUUUGAACGAACAGCUGAGACCUGAAAUUCCCAAGAGAACACGUCAGCUAUACAUAAGUCAGAACGGGCGACGAUGAAGAUAUCUAUCGUCCAAAAUGAGCAUCUAUCUUGGCAACAUCCGACAUGAGAUGACCUUCACAGUUCCGUAGACACAGCCCCUGCGUCCCCAGAUCCAGCAUGUUGCAGGUCAAGACAAAUUUCCUGGAGGGCGGAAUGUUCCGGAAACGCCUCGAAAAGGUGAUUCUCCUGGUGUGUCUGUCGGUCACCACGGCUGUGCUGGUCUACUGGAGGCUCCACAACCAAGAACUCGCCACCAUCAUCACUGAGGCGGCCUCGGAGGACCCGUUCUUGAGUCUCCCCUCCGACGGGAAAGAAAACGGGGCAUGGCUCGCAGGCCUCCCUCGGGCCGUGGUGCUGUGGGGUCAGCCCUUGGCCGGGUCGCGGGCUGUUGGGAGGCUGUUGGCGUCUGGUCUGAAGGAUUCCUUAGUCAGCUUCGAGCCCUUCGCCCCUGAGCAGCCGAUCCACCACGCCCCCGAGGACAACACGACCCUCCACCACCACCGCCUGAGCCUCCUAAACGACCUCCUUCACUGCCGCUACUUCAGGCACAAGGACCUCGUCGACCACUUGGCCAGUCGCCCGAGUUUCCUGCUACACAACUCUUUCCUGAAGUCGCGCUGUCCUUCUGUCCUCGAAGGAUGUCUCAGGAACGGGACUUUCAUCAGCCAUGUUUGUCGCGAAGCCUCCGUCCACUUCCUGAAGGUUCUACGUCUGGACAUAAGGUGGGUUCGCCCCUUGCUAGAAGACAUGGAUCUCGACCUUAAAGUCAUCUACCUUGCGAGAGACCCACGUGCACUAGUUUACUCCCGGCGACAGGACCCUCGCUGCAACACCCAAGACUGCGAAGACCCCGUGCAGGUGUGCGCCGAGUUGCUGGAGGAUCUGGCGGAGGUGCCCUUCCUCAUGCAAGAUUUCCCCGACAGCUUCAAAUACAUGAAAUACGAGGACCUGGCUGUAGACGUCAACGGCACGGCGUCGCAGGACCUCCUGGACUUUGCCGAAAUGGAAGGACCUUCCCCGGGAUGGUUAGAAAGGGGCGGGGCGAGCGACGCGUUCCUCUGGCGAAAGGAUAUGGCCUUCGACGAGGUCCUGGAGGUGCAGGAGGUCUGUGGAGGUCCUCUGAGGGCCUUGGGGUACCGGAUUUUCGAGACCGAAGAGGAGUUUGGUAAUCCGCUCGUUUCUGUAAUGAAUAGCUGAUUAUACGUUUCUCGUGACUGAUUGACCUACGAGGCGGGCAGGUGUACGUGAGCGCCUAAACACCUGUGCACACACACACACACACACACACACACACACACACACACACACACACACACACACACACACACACACACACACACACACACACACACACACACACACACACACACACUCACACACACACACACACUCACACACACAUACACACUCACACACACACACUCCUAUGCACCUCAGGUACCUCAGUCCUUGUGUAACACGGGCCUACUAAAUGAAUUCCUAUAGGCUAUGUAUUAUCUUUCCGUCAAAAAUUAUUAUGAAUUUGUGAUACUUUAGAUUAAAAUGUGGUGUCAUACUGUUGUAGCUUAAUCCUGAUGACGUCAUCCCUUUCAACUGCAUCAAAUGUCUCAAAUCUGGAUAAAAAAGUGUCAGUACCUUAAACUUUAAGUUACUGACUGGUGAUUGGUUAAACCUAAUUAUCAUAGAUUGGCAAUAGCGAGUGACACACCCUCCCCACCCCAGAAAAAAAGUCAAUCAGAGGAAAUUGAGAUAUAUAAAAACGCAAAAAAAAAAAAAAAAAAAGAGUUACGUAGUUAAUGGUUUUUAAUCUUCUACCAUAAUUGAGUCUCCAAAUGUAUGUAAAUAUGCGGUUUUAAUCUAAACUCCGUCUCAAGUAAGGAUUUAACUACAGGUCUCGGAAGAGGAAAAUUUAUCCACAUUUGAAUAAAUAUUGAAUACCAGAGUUCGUCAUCCCUGUUUAGGUAAAAAAUUCACAGCUUAAUUACUAUCGUAAAGGUUAUAUUACGUUGUGAAUUUGUGUAAGACUGAUAUGUAGCGUGAAUAUUGAUAAUUCAUGAAGAUUAUAAAAAAUAAAAAAUGAAUAAAAACA